AUGCUGCUCAUCUCGGCCGUCGUCGGCAUCUACCAUGCCUUCGCGGCGGGCGGCCAGCAGACCCCCAAGGACUUCCUGAUGGGCGGCCGCAGGAUGACCGCCGUGCCGGUGGCGCUGUCCCUCGCCGCCAGCUUCAUGUCGGCGGUCACCGUCCUGGGCUCCCCGUCUGAGGUCUACCGUUUUGGGGCCAUAUUCAGCAUCUUUGCCAUCACCUUCUUCCUUGUGGUGGUCAUCAGCGCGGAGGUCUUCCUUCCGGUGUUCUACAAACUGGGAGUUACCAGCACCUACGAGUAUUUAGAACUUCGAUUUAACAAAUAUGUUCGUCUCUGUGGAACAUUCCUCUUCAUUGUUCUAACAAUUCUGUAUACUGGAAUUGUUAUUUAUGCCCCUGCCCUGGCUUUGAGUCAAGCCACAGGAUUCGAUCUGUGGGGUGCAGUAGUGGCUACUGGGGUGGUCUGCACAUUCUACUGCACGCUGGGUGGUCUUAAAGCGGUUAUCUGGACAGACGUUUUUCAAGUUGGGAUCAUGGUGGCCGGAUUUGCAUCUGUGAUUAUACAGGCUGCACUUAUUCAAGGUGGAAUUAGCACUAUUCUAAAUGAUGCCUAUAAUGGUGGAAGAUUAAACUUCUGGAAUCUUAAUCCUAAUCCUUUGCAAAGACACACAUUCUGGACGAUUAUUAUAGGAGGGACCUUCACGUGGACCAGCAUCUAUGGUGUCAACCAGUCCCAAGUGCAGAGAUAUAUUUCCUGUAAAAGCAGAUUCCAGGCAAAAAUGUCUCUCUACAUCAAUCUUGUGGCACUCUGGGCAAUCCUCACCUGCUCAGUGCUUUGUGGGCUCGCACUGUAUUCCAGAUACCAUGACUGUGAUCCUUGGACAGCCAAGAAAGUGUCUGCACCAGACCAGCUCAUGCCUUAUUUGGUACUGGACAUUCUGCAAGAUUACCCAGGAGUUCCUGGACUCUUUGUGGCCUGUGCUUACAGCGGAACAUUGAGCACAGUGUCCUCCAGUAUUAAUGCUUUAGCAGCAGUAACUGUGGAAGAUCUAGUCAAACCUCACUUCACAUCUCUCUCAGAAAGGUCUCUCUCUUGGAUUUCCCAAGGACUGAGUGUGCUGUUUGGAGUCCUGUGUAUUGGAAUGGCUGCGCUAGCGUCACUAAUGGGAUCUUUGUUGCAGGCAGCACUCAGCAUAUUUGGCAUGAUUGGUGGACCACUUUUGGGCUUGUUUGCUUUGGGUAUUUUGGUUCCCUUUGCCAACUCAAUUGGAGCACUUGUUGGUCUACUGGUCGGGUUUACCGUUACUUUGUGGGUCGGAAUUGGAGCUCAACUUUAUCCUCCACUUCCUGAGAGAACUAUGCCAUUAAGGCUUGAAACCUAUGGCUGUAAUAGCACAUACAAUGGGACAAAUUGGAUGACAACCACAGAAAUGCCAUUUUCUACCAGUGCUUUUCAAGUACACAAAAUUGAAAGGACCGCGCUAAUGGAUAAUUGGUAUUCUUUAUCAUACCUGUACUUCAGCACUCUUGGAACUUUGGUAACGUUAUUCGUGGGAAUACUUAUCAGUUUAUCAACAGGAGGAAGAAAACAGAACGUAGACUGCAGAUUCCUACUAACCAAAGAGGACUUUACAUCCAAUUUUGACAUCUUUAAGAAAAAGAAGCAAGUUUUAAACACUAAAUCUCAUCCAAUAGAAGAUGGCGGAAAUGACAAUCCUGCCUUCAACCAUAUUGAAUUGAACUGCACAGAUCAAAGUGCCAAGAUCAGUGGGACUCGUUUGUGAAGCAGCUGUGAGACUAAGUGAUCUUAAACAGUGUCCCAGUUUUCUGUGUUUUCUAAGAUAAUUGGAUCAGGUUUAGGUUUUUCUGUUUGGUUUGGUUUGGUUUGGUUUGGUUUAUCAUGAGCGUUUCGGGGGAGAUCUUUGGGGGGAUAAAUUUUUGUUAAAGCGAAGUCCUGACUUUACUUAAUACACUCACUAGUUGAUGCUACUCUGGAGGUAAGAGUUUCAACAUCAGCAUCUCCCUCUCUCUCUUUUAUUUCAAUGAAGCUUGUGAAAGUUAUGAAAGUUGUGACUUCAUGUGUACUUAAAAGGUAAAUACACAUACUUGGUGGUCAGAAGCAUAUUCUUAAAUUUGGGCAUUAUUAAACAUAUUUCCAUGCUUCCAUAUUUGGUGCUAACAUAUACAUUUUGGAGUUCACCAAAAUCAUAAUUAAUAUUGAAAAGGACAUUUCUCCCUCCUACCACAUACUCCAUUCUUAGGGAGCAAUGAAGUGACAGGUCUGUGUUGUCUAGAUCUUUGCUUCUCAUCAACCCUAUCAGCCCACAGCACAUAAAAACCUUGAAAUGGAUCCUGGCUCAGGACGCAUCCUGUUUGGGACAGAAUCUAGGCCCAGUGAUCAAGGUCUUCUUGGUGCUAUGCAUGUAUUCUUGUGCCUUUUUUGCUUGUUAUCUAGAGUUCCUGGCCAUUGGCUGCUUAUUUUGCUUUUCUUAGACUCUGGUUCUUAUCUGCAUUCCUAGUUUCUGACCCAUCGACUUUGGUUUUGUUGUUCAUUUUACCUUUACUUGCCUUCCUAAUUUCCUGUUCACUCUACUGCCUACAUAAUUAUAUUUGGGCUUGCAUGAGUCUUGAGACACCCACUGUGAAUCCUGUGAUCCUACCCUGGAUCCUGGUUCACAUCUCAGCCUAUAAACUCCCAUGAGCCUUAUACUGACUGAAGUGCUUUCAAUGUAGGUACUUGUAGAUUUGGUGACCCAAGACUAUUUACAUAAUUUAGAAUGGUUAAGCUCCAUGGAAUCAGUUGAUUCCACUGAAUGCUAUUAAGCUAAAUUUUUCAAUGUCAGCUAACAUGCAGUCAGUUAAAUUUAAAGGUACAUAUGCCUAGAAAUCUUGAAUUCUAGUAUUUCAGUUGGUUAAAGAGCUAAAUUACAAAGGCAAAUACUAUUAUUUUUCUUUAGUGUUCUGGAAUUACUAAAUAUAUGCUAUGUUUUUUAUGUUUUAAAAUUUCAAGUAGCAAUCUCAAAGUUUAUUUUGUUUAUUUUGCUAAAUUUCUAGCUAAGACUCUGGUUACAGACUUUCAUCAGUAACUUAUAUUUUUCUACAGUACACAUAUUAGAUAUUGGGUUUUUUUAGCUUUACACUGUUUUAAAAUAACAUGAAAUAUUUAGGUAUAUUGAAUAUUUUGUAAUUAAAUAAUUUUUUGCUUAUUUUCUAAUAUUUAGGUGAGCAUGCUCUGUACAUUUAGAGGUUGCUGAUUGAAAACAUUAAGAAAUGAAAAAAAGUAGAAAAUAGCAUUUAUCUAAAGCAGGGAGAUUUAUAUGACAUUUAAAUUUAAUGAUAUAUUCACAUAUUUUGUAUGUGUAUAGUUGUUAUUUUUAAUCAAUAUAUUUGUAAGCAUACAGCAAACUUUGUAAAUCUUUCCAUAAUUUUUUUAAUGAGUAGGGAGAUACAAUCUUAUUUGUUUUAUGUGUGUGAUUUGAACUAUUAUUUAUUUAAUAAUUCUAAAUGCACAUGUGUGUAGAAUGCUUCAAUUUUAGAAAUCAAGAUCAGGUUAUUUAAAUAAUUUUUUCUUUUAUCUGACUGCCAAGGAAUUAUGCAACGUAUUUUUAAUGAAAGAUACAGUAAUUCCAUUCUUGUCCACUUUCUUUUAACAAAGUAUAUCUUUGUGACAUUAGAAAUUAUUGAUAUUUUACUUUUAUAAAUACAUAAGAUUAAGUGGGGAGGGUAUAGCUCAGUGGUAGAGCACAUGCAUUAAUAUUCAUAAGUUCCUGAGUUCAAUCCCCAGUACCUCCAUUAAGAUAAAUAAAUAAAUAAAAGUAACCUAAUUACCCCCCAAAAAAUUUAAAACAAAACAAAACAUAAGAUUACCAAAUAGAAUUCUUAAGAAAUCAAAGUUAUGUUAUAUUAAUUAUUAAAAAUCAUUUGUCUUAGCUAAAUCUUUGGGUAAAAUCAAACAGAGGUAAAAUGUUAAUAUAAUGUAAAUUAAAUAAUCUAAUGUUCUUAAUUAUUCUGAAUCACAACAAGGCAAAUGGGAAGGAAAAGCCACAUAAGUUGCCUAUCUUUUUUGUUACUAAUGAGUUGUAUGACCUUGAAUUUAUCCUUAAUCUCCUCUAAUGUUGGAACUUCACACUAAACACAUACCUACCUCACAGAAAUAAUAUGAGCAUAAAAGAUCAGAUAGCACUUUAUUAACUCAAAUAGUGUUACUUAAAAUUUCAAUAUGAUUGAGAAUCAAAAUCUGAGACAAAGGUCAUUUGCUAGUUUUAAGUAAAGGUGAACCAUUAAUAAUUUGCAAUGUAAUGAAGUGGAGAUAGUUCCUUUUAAAAAUAUGUACCAUAGAAAUAUUUAAAAAAUCAGAAAUCAGCAGGAUUAUUCUAACAGAAAGAAUGUAAACUUUAAAGAAAGCUAUAGAACAAUCAUAUACACUCCAUAGGGAAAAAAUUUUUAUUUAGAAUGUAAAACAGUAUACAUGUAUAUUCAUCUGUUUAGUUGCUUAUGUGGUAUAUUCUCUCUAGAACAGUAGUUCUCAACGGAUAAUUUUGCACCUCAGGGACAUUUAGAAAUAUCUGGGUACAUUCUUGGUUGUCACAGGUGGUAAGAAGGUGCUACUGGCAGCUGGUGGAUAGAAUUCAGAGAUGCUGCUAAACGUCCCAUGGUGCACAGGGAGCCCUCUUCUCCACAACAAAAAGUGAUCCUGCCCUAGAUAUCAGUAGUGUUGACUUCAAGAAAUUCUGCCCUAGGAGUUAGGUUUCAAAUCUUGAAAUCGCACACCUUCGUUGUGUUCCUUUAGGGCAAUUGCCUUGACUCUUGUAUCUGUUCUUAUCUAUAAGUGAGGAUUAAACUAUUGCUAGCAUAUGGAAUGUUAUGAUGCAGAAUAAUGAUCAUAUAUUUUAAGGACUACAGAAUUGUGAGUAAUUAUGAAGACAGCUCGUAAGAGUGUUUCAUUUCUUAACAUGAUUUCCAACAUUGACAAACAUUAGGAUGAAGGAAAUAUUCAACCUAUGAAUAUGAAGGUUUUCGUAAUUUUAUUUCAUUUUUUAAAACCCCAGAAAGUAUCAUUUAUUGUUAACAACUGAAUGUCUGUCCAUGAUGUAGAUAUGUGGGGCAAGGGUAGGGUUGAGAUGGAGGAAGUAACUCUCUGUGUUGAUUCUUAUAGAAAAGUCUGAGUUCUUUCCAAUAAUGAUUGUUGAUAUGGAGUAAACAAAUUACAUGAAAAUUCACUGUACAAUUUAGUCACUGUAAAAUUCACUUUUACAUUUGUGUGCCCAUUAUGAAAAAACUUGAGGGGAUUGAGCAUUAUAAUGUAAAAUAUGGUUGCAUUUGGGAUUUUUCUACUUGAUUGAACUCUGCAGGUGUCUUUAUAAUUGUCUGUUCUUGGGGGAUAAAUGUCAAAUUGAAUAUAAUUAAUUUUAUCAGCUUUUAAAUAAAAUUAUUUCUACUCUGUUUACCACAUAGAGGACUCUUCCUAUCUACUGUUAUAAAAGUGUAAGAAAAUAAACAUGUAGAACUUUUGUCACUGAAGUCAUUAACACUGGAUCUGAAAAUAAACAUAACAUAUUUAAUACUGGAAA